CACAGAACCCGCUUCUUCGCCCGCCAACCCCCUCAUCUCCCGCUGGCGUGACAGCCCUCGGCGCCGGGCCCAGCUCAGGCCCGCCAAGGCUCGCGGCAAAGCUUGGCGCUCCAGUGCGCGCCUCCGCGGACAAAGAGCAAGCGGCGGCGAGGCUGGGCUGGAAGGUGGAGGCGGGCCGAGGGGCGCGCCGGGGGGAAUCCCUCCCGACCUCUGACGUCACCAAAGCGCUGGCCAAUGAGAAGCGGGAGAGGGGGAUUUCCCGCUCCCGCUGCCGCCCCGCCAGCUUUUUAAACAGUCCCCUGGGGAAUACUCUCUGGGAGCCGUGGGAGGAAUGGGAGAAAUGGAGGUUAAGAGCGAAAAAUGAUGGUCCUGGGGGAUGAGAGUAGAGGUUUGACGAUUAGGCGUCAAGGCUGGCUUAGACCGGGGGAAAACCAGAGCCGAUCGAGGUGAGGCGGAACACCCGGCAGGGGAAAAUCCUCCUGAGAUGGAGUGGAAACUGGAGCGCACCGCCCCGCGGAGGGUCCGGACGGAAGAAGAGAUGCUGUGGGUGAGUAACGUCCUUUUGUUUCCCAGCCCCGACUCCCUGAAGGGGACUCUGCCCGCUGAGGACCAACAGGAGAACGUCAUGCGGGUGCUCGCCAAAGACAUGAAGCAAAAGAGAAGUCAAGGUUCUCCCAAGAUAUUUGACGGAGUUAAUACUGCAUAUUCUAACUUUAAGAGCAACUUUGUGAAGAGACUGUCGGCAGAGGUUCCCAUUGCCAGUAGCCCAAUUACCACCAGAUGGCGGCAAAGCCAAACCAGGGAUCUGGCAGUUGAUUCCUUUGAGGAAGAGCGUUCAACCACUUACCUCCCAGAAGCUUCUGGAUCCGUGCUGAAGAUAACUCCUGAAAAAGAGACCUUGAUUCUAGGAUCCUACAAAGAACCACUGAAGACCCCCAUCAAAGGGAAUUUUGAAACAAAUAACUCAGCUCUCCAUUUUUGCAAGACACCUCAUGCACUGGGGAGAGGCUGGAAUGAAAAUGUUGCCUCAAAAGGCCAGAAAUGCCUAAACAAGCUAUUUUUGACCCAGAAGGUGGCUCAGUGGGUUAGUGGGAAAAUGCAGCUCUGUGAGAAAUCCCAAUGUGUUUGGAAAGGCUGCAGAGAUGGAGUCAGAGAUGAAUCCUUCCAUCUUAAAAGAUUCAAUGGUAUAAACUAUUCCAUACUGCAGCCAGAGGUGAAGUUUCAUCUUACUGGUCUUCGAAAUGACUAUUAUCUCAAUAUUCUAGAUUGGAAUUUUCAAAAUCUUGUUGCUAUAGCCCUUGGAUCCUCUGUGUACAUCUGGAAUGGGGAAAACCACAAUAAGAUUGAAAAUAUAGACUUCACUCUCAAUUGUAACUAUGUAUCUUCUGUGUCCUGGAUAAAAGAGGGAAACUGCCUGGCAGUUGGCACCAGCGAGGGAGAAGUACAACUAUGGGAUGUGGUAACUAAAAAGCGGCUGAGAAAUAUGCUUGGUCAUUUGUCAGUGGUUGGGGCUUUGAGCUGGAAUCACUAUAUUCUUAGCAGUGGGUCGAGGUUGGGCCGAGUUUAUCAUCACGACGUUCGGGUAGCCCGGCAUCACGUUGGAACACUUCACCACCAACAAGCUGUGUGUGCUCUGAAGUGGUCGCCUGACAGUAGGCUGCUUUCCAGUGGCUGUAAUGACGGACUGCUGACUAUAUGGCCUGGUGACCCGAGUGCAAAAGCACAGGUUCAACCACUGAAAGUCAUACCCCAACCUACAGCAGUCAAGGCCAUGGAUUGGUGUCCCUGGCAGUCUGCAGUCCUUGCUGUUGGAGGCGGAAUGAAGGACGGACACUUACAUAUCUUGGACAUAAAUACUGGGCAAACCAUCCAGACCCCAAACAUGAACUCACAGAUUUGUUCCCUAAUCUGGCUCCCUAAGACAAAGGAGAUUGCAAGUGGCCAAGGUACUCCUAAGAACGAUGUGACUGUGUGGGCCUGUCCCGGUCUGGCCAGGUCGGCUGGAUUUUUUGGCCACAGGGGCAGAGUGCUGCACCUGGCUUUGAGUCCAGACCAGACCCGAGUGUUUUCUGCCGCAGCCGAUGGCACAGCCUGUGUAUGGAACUGCUGUGAGUCACUCAGCCCCUCUGUGAGCUCCAGUUUCCUCACUUUGAAGUGAGAAUGAUGACGUUGGCCUUGUCUUCUCCAUGGGGUUGUGGUGAGGAUCAAAUAGGAUAAAGUGCUUUUCUUGUGGUGAAUGUCUGUUUUCCUGACUUUCUUUCUCAGGUUGCUUUAUUUUCCUCACUUCCUCCUGUUGGAUUUCCCAGACAUUGUCUUGGCCUCUUUUCUACUUUCCUCUCCCUCCUGCUCCUCUUCUUCCUCCUUUUUCUUCUUUUUUCUCUAUCUCUUCCUUGUUAGAGAUGCAUUUCCACUGCUAUAGUCAGAAUAUCUAUAAAAGAUUUCCAAACUCCUUUUUCCCACUUGACUUUCCAAGCUCCAGCCUCACCCUUCUUUCUGCCUCUGGAUAUUUCCUUUCUGAGAUCCUUUCUUAUCUUUAGCUCAAACUCAGAAUGUUAAAAAUACAUACAAAUAAUAUUUUGCUUGAAAAAUAUUGAUUAAAAUCCUACUGUAUGGUAGGCAGUAUGUUAAGCAUGCAUUUUAUUUCCUCUCAAAAUGAGAUCUUCCAUAGGACUUCCUUGUCCCCUUUCGUGGUCUCAUCCUUAUCCUGGUCAUCCCGUCACUCAGGAAACAUGCAGAUUAUUCUGCUGCAUGUUUACUCCAUUUACCUUUUGUUCUCCUUCUCUCCCUUUUGUUUCAGCCUAGGCAUGUCCUGAAUGCCUGAUGACCACUCUGUUGUAAUUCCUUCUAACUGUUUUUCCUAUCUUUAUUCUUCAUGGGUCUCCACACCACUGUUAGGUUACAUUUUUAUAAGCACUGUGGUGAUCUUCUUAGGCCCCUGCUCAGAAACCUUCCAUGACUCCAUAUUACCUUAGUCCCUCACCUCAACCUUCAGGUCCCAAGCCCAGAACCUGAAGUAUGAUACCUGUGCUUACCUUGGCUCUGCCAUAAACUGACUGAAUGGCCUUGGGUUUGUUAUAACAUUUAUAAGAACAGGAAUUUGGAUUUGAUAACUGCUAAACUGUUUUUAGGCUCAAUCAGGCCAUUGUCCUUUUGUUCAAUUACCUUUUUAAAAAAUGUUCAUUUGAUAGAAAGGGCGUGAUCAGGGAUGGGACAGAGAGAGAGGGGGAUAGAGGAUCUGAAGUGGGACUGUGUUGACCCUGGGCUAAGUCUUGUGAUUUCCUGCCUUGAUGCCUUUGUUGGAGCUUUUCUUCUAGUCUGGAAUUCCUACUCUUCAUUUUCUUUGCUCAUCUGCUAAGUCCAAACCUCUCCAGCAAGUGUUUUGAGAUGAUGUUACCUGGGUUUGAACUCUUGGUAUCAGUCUAUACCACCCAUUUGAUAUUAAUAUACUAUUCAGAUCAAGAUAUGAACAUUUAUUAUACCUUAAAGACUUCCUUGUACCCACUCUUAGUCAGCACCUCUCCAUUAUUCUGACAUCUAUCCCUAUUGUUAGUUUUGCCCUAUGCAAACCUUCAGAUAAAUGGAAUCACACACUAUAUAUUCUUUUUGUCUGACUUCUUUCACUCAAUAUUAAGUUUGUAAGAUUAAUUCAUAUCAUUACAUGUAUCUGUAGAUUUUUCUUUUUCUUGCUGUGUAAUAUUCCAUUGUAUAAAUGUACAAUUGUUUAUCCAUUUUAUUGAUGAAUAUUUGAGCUAUUUUCAGUUUCAACUUUAAGAAUAAAGUUGCUGUGCACAUUCUUAAACAUGUCUUUGGUGGACAAAAGCACUCAUUUCUGUUGGGUAUAUACUGAGGUGUGGAAUGGUUAAGUCAUAGAAUAUAUGUCAUUGACAACUUUCCUAAGAAGUAUCAGUUUACACUUCUACCAGCAAUGAAUGAGGGUUCCAUGCAAGUACUUUUUAAGUGGACUUCUAAACCUGUAAUAUUUCUGGUAGGGACUAUUCCAUCCUCUUGUUGCUGUUAAAAUCCUAACUAGGAAUUAGGGAUGAUAGUAGGUAUCUACAGGAUCAUCCUAGUGACUUUCUUAGAGCCUCUGUUUUAGAUAUCAGAACCAGACCUCACUUUUUAGUGUAGGGAUUCCCAUCACUAGCUGCAUAUUUGUAUCACUGUGGUGAUUAGAUGAAGAAUACUAUGUCCUGGGUCUCACUGAAUACAAUUAAAUAAAAAUUUCUAGAGGUGGGGCCUGAGCAUUGGUAAUUGAGCUAGGCUUCCUUCUUUGUUUUAAGAAGCUG